UCGCCCUUGCCGCCAUGGCGGAUAGCAGUCGGACUCACGGGCCAGGCCUCAAGUUUUGCGUGGCGCAGCUCCAUAGCGGCUGCACGGCCGCCGUGGUCAAUGCCCUCGUCACGAUCCGAACCAAAUUCAUCAAAGAGAGGGGCGGCAUCGAGAAGUUCCGCCUGCACGGCGGCCUCAGGCCGCUCGUGGCUCUGAUACAGAAGCCCAAUGUGAAGAUAGUUGACAUUUCGCUGAGCAUUAUCGCCAAUUGCUGCACAGAGAGCGAAGCGAGGAAGGAGAUCCGCAGGCUGGGCGGGCUGCCCCCCAUCGUGUUGGUGCUGAAGUCGGUGACGGUGGAGAGCAUUCAGAAUCGGGCAGCACGUGCGCUGGCCAACCUUGCUCAGGACAAGCAGAACAGCGAGAUUCUGCACAAGGCUGGCACGGUGCCGCAUCUCAUAGCGCUGCUCGAGUCCGGCCGUGACGACGAGUGCCUGCAGAGCGCCGUCCGUGCCGUGAGGAACCUGGCCGACUCCCCGUCUCACCGCGCCGCCAUGGUGAGCCAGGGCGUGGUGGAGCCGCUGGCGCAGCUGCUGAAGAGGGGCGACCGCUCGGGCGUGGUGGGGGCCAGCGCCCGAGCGCUGGCCGAGCUCAGCCGCCAGUGCUCGACGGAGUGCGCCGAGGUGCUGUCGCGAGUCGAUGCGCCGUCCGCGCUCGUCGCGCUGGUCUGUGGCGGCGACGCGGCGGUGCGCGCCGACGCCAUGCAGACGCUGAGCAGCCUGUGCUCCCAGGCCAUCGUGCGGCCCACCCUGGGCAGCGCCGGCGCGAUACGCUGCUUCGUCGACGAAAUCAGAAGCGCGCGCAACAGCGGCGGCGGUAACAGCGGCGGCGGCGGCACCAGCAGCAGCACCACGAACAGCACCACAAACAGCAGCACCACCAGCAACAGCAGCACCACCACCAGCAGCACCACCACCAACCAUACCACCACCACCAACAGCAGCACCACCACCAACAGCACCACCACCAACAGCACCACCAACAGCAGCAGCAACAUCAGCAACAGCAGCAGCUGCACCAGCAGCAGCACCAACAGUAAUACCUGCACCAACAGCAGCACGUGCACCAGUAGCACCACAAGCAGCAGCAACAGUAAGAGCUCUACCAGCAACAGCUGCACCAGCACCAACAGUUCCAUGAGCAGACGCAUCAACAGCUGCAACACCAUCAGCAACAGCAGCAGCAGCGCUCCAGCUGGCAGCGCAGUGCUGGACGUCGUCCGAGCUCUGUGCCUCUGCUGCCGCGAGGCUGUGAACCGGGCGAAGGUUGUGGAGAGCGGUGGCAUCGAGCUGCUCUUCUCGCUGCUCAAGGACUCCCACUUCAAGGCGUCCCACGACCGAAUCAUCUUGGCCUUCCUCGGUUUUUUCUACGAGGAGUCCGCGCUGGACGUGCUACUCGGGUACGGGUUGGUGCCCAUCCUGGUGAGGCGGCUGGAGGAGUGGACACUCGCGUCCGAUAAGUUCCAGGCGACCGCUGUCGUUGCCGACAUUGAGGACGAGAGGUACGCCGCCUCGUACGACUUCCCGACAGAGUUCAACCGCAAGCCGGACAUGGAACCAAAUGCGGAGUCCUCGAGCUUCCUCAGCAUGAGGUCAUGGCUUCUCACGCAGGGCUACAUCGUGAGCCCGGGCGACAUCUCCCCGCGAUGGUGUCCGGACGGCAGCACGGGAGACACGGAGCUGGAGGAUCUCGAAGCGGUGCCGCGGUGCGGCAGCCUCGUCGCGCUCCACUCCUCCGUGGCCGACGCCGAGGCCGUGGAGGAGCCCGGCAGCCCCCGGGUGGCUCGCCCUUCCGGCGGCGACGUCGACAGGGCGUGCGCCGAUGCCAAACGAGCGAAACUUGACGACGAGGACGACGAAGACGAUGGGCGCACGGCGACGGGUGCUCACGCGGGUCGUUGCUCGGAGGUCGAGAACACGGGAGGAGCUCGGCAGCAAACUCUGCCGGCGCGCCGACGGAAACGACUGCUCACCCACCCUCAAGACCAGCGGCAAUCCCCGCAGGCCUCCUCCACCCGUCUCCACUUCAGGCUCCUCAAGUUCUGCCAGAACGCUCGAUCGGAAGCCACGUCCGUCAAACUCAAGAAGGAAGCUUGUUCGUCGUCGUCGUCCUCACCGGAUCUGCGUGCUUCCGACCUCGCGAGCGGCGAGCCGAACCGAAGCGCCGCCACGAAACGCAAAGAGAACGACGCUCGACGACACGACCCCCCAGCGCCUCGUAAAGCCCCCGCCCAGGGAGCGGCGGCGACGACAACGACAACAACGACGGCCGUUGCCACCACCGCCGCCACCGCCGCCACCGCCGCCACCGCCGCCACCGCCGCCAUCGCCGCCAUCGCCGCCACUGACAAAAACUCUAUCGCCGCCGCCGCCGGCAAAACAACGGCGAGCGGCGCGGCGGGCCCGAGCGGCGCCACGUCCAAACCGGAGCAGGGGCACGGGUCGGAAACGCAGCAGGCGGUGGGGCCCGACUUCGCCAUCCUCUGGCUGCUGUCGCGCUUCUCCAUGUACGUGGACCCCAGCUUCCUGGUGACGACGGCCGUCCUCCGCGGUCUGCUCAACUACGUGCUGGGCGCGGCGCGGCCGAGCCCCCGGGCCGCGCGCAUCCUCUUGCGCCUCGCCGCCAACCCCAACUGCCUGGAGGCGUUCGUGCGCACGCACGGCAUCUCCACGCUGCACCUGCGCCUCUGCCACGGCCUGUGCCCUGACGGGGAGGCGGAACGGGCGCGGGGCGACCUUUCCGCGGGUGAAGGGAGCGCCGGAGUUGGUGUCGAGUCUCUCGUGCAGAAGACUGCGAACUUGAAGCUGACCACAGCGAGUAACCGCGAAUUGGCGUGGGGAAUGUUGCGGAGUCUGCGUGUUCAAGCCGAGUCGGGGUUUGGAACCGGAACCCUGAACCACCUCCUGCUGUCGACCCGACAGGGAGACAAAGCUGCCUGCGCCCUCGCAUUGCUCUACCUGUGUCGGAACGAGCCACUGCGGCGAAGGCUGCUGGUGGACCAGUGCGGCCUACAGCUGCUGGUGUCGCACAUGCUGCGCUCCCCGGACCCCAGCUACGUGGUUCGCGCCACGGGGGCUCUGCUGGAAUUCUGCAGCUUGGAGGGCAAGGGCGGCACCCCCUCUUCUCCUCAUCCUCAUCAUCCGCCGGGAGAAUUCACGUCGGGAAAGUGGAGCGAGCCGCCGUACUCGGAAGGCGGAGCCGCCUCGGCUCCGAGCGAACUGUCGGGCGCGCCGCCGCGGGACGGAACCUCGUCCUGCGGCUACGCGCGCUGCGUGGCCGACGGCGCCGCGGACGUGCGGUUCGUCCUGGACUGCGGCGCCAAGGUGUCCGCCCAGCGCAAGCAGCUGGUGUCGCGCUCCGAGGUGUUCGGCGCCAUGCUGCAGGGACACUACUCUGAGGCGCAGCAGUCGUGCGUCGCCGUGCGCAACGCGUCGGACGCCGCCUUCACGCUCCUCAUGCACCACCUGCACGGCUGCUGUCUGCCGGCGUGCCGGGCGCUGCGGGCGGUGUACUCGCCCGGCUGCGUGACGCCGUUUGCGGAAGAAGGGGCGACGGCGGCAGUGGAAAGCGCCGACCCGGGACCUGCGGGGAGCGGCGAGCGGCGCGGGAAGCCAGGCGGCUCGCUGGCGGGCAGCCUCCUGGGCGAGCUCAUGGCGCUGUCGAAUCAGUUCCUACUGCCGGACUUGAAGCGCGAUCUCACCGCGGUGGUGCGCUCGUGCUGCCUGCGCGCCGAGUCGCUGCCGGCGGUCUACGCGUUUGCCGAGCGGCACUGCUUCGGCGAGCUGUGCCGCCAGUGCCUGGAAUUCCUGCUGACGGCGCCGCUCACGAUCGCGCAACGCAGCAGGGGUUUCUGGGAGCUCUCGCAGGUGCAGUGCAACGGCAGUGAGAUGGAAGCCACCCUCCACUCCGUCCUCCUGUCCUUCAUUUAGAGACACGCGCGCCCAACAGCAGAUGCGCCCAUGAUGAGGGUUGACAUUGUGACAUUGUUUGUUCACGCAGCUGCUGGCACAAGGGCCUUCACUCCGCUAGAGGAAGCUCUAGAGAGCCCCCCCCCCCCCCCCCUCUGAUGGAGGAUAUUUGAUCUACUCUGUCACGCUGCAUAAAUAUCUUAGAAGAGGUGGGAAAACCAACACCCGCUGGCCGACUAACUACGGUGUAAGCCAAUUAUACUGCUCGGUGGACAGAGGCGCCGGGAAAUGGAAUUGAACUGGCACCCUCUGGAUUGGUUCCAGCGUGCUCACCAUUCCACCACGAUAGCAGCGAUCCCUGCGCUGAUGGACGCUGGUGUUUAAAACUGACUUAACUUGACGGGACCUGCAUCACGUUGACUUCACUCCACAGGUUGAGGCAUUUCUGAAUGGAGUUCAUAAGUACGGAUAUCAUGCCUUCACAUAGCAGCGACAGAAAUAUAUUUAAGUAUAUUGCAAAGUGGCGCUCGAAAUUAGUCUCGAGGUGCAUUUGCUCUACAAACAAACAAUACCCCACCUCGUUCCUUUGAAUUAGUGGUAUUUUUAUUUUUAAACCGGAGCAACGUUUGGGACCAUUGAACCAUCAUCGUUAACGUCUUAAGCCGUUGUCCAUCGACUGCUGGAUAGACAAGGCCCUCCUUAAGCCAUUGUUGUCCCUCGUGAUCACGUGAUGCUGCACUGCCAAUGUUUGUUAUUGACGGCGCAAGCCCUAUCCUACAAGAGAAGCAUAAUGACUACUUUUUAAAACAUCGCUAAAAUGUCGAUAAAAUCCAUUCUCUCAAGCUACAUCUCAUCUGAGCAAUCGGUAGUUAACCAAGUAACCCUUCAAUAUGCGCGACUUAAAUCACCUGCCGCUUUGCCCGCAUCAGAGCAAGUAUUUGGUGCAACAAGGGGAAAUUGAACCUCGUAUUCAGGGUCGUAACAAAUAAAGCGCAGCUCGCAAACGCGCGCUCCCGCGCAAUCGUGGUUCCCGGAAUACGUCGCCACAAAUCGCUGAGCAGAUCGACGCCUCUAAAGCCGAGUCUGUCUCUCCCCCGCACGCAACCAGUGGUGCAACUGCUCGCAACCGGUUGCAGACAUCCACGUGGAAGCGGUUCAUUUGUUGUGUGCGGACGAAGUUGCAUGGAACCGAUCGCUCGGCUGUUGGACGGGCGCUUGAGAGUUCGAUGUUUUGUCAAACUCUUUUUUGAGGGGAGCUAGGGAGGACGGAGUCAAUGGGCACCUUGUGUUUGUCACGUUGAGCGAUCCCUUUGCUGUAGUGAACGACAUUUACACUUACAUUUCAUUUGCAGGACUCGUGGCUAUAGCACAAAUGAAUAAACUCGCAACCGUUGUCAUCACUCCAGUGCCCUACAAUGGAGAAUUAAUUAAUUCAGUAGCCUCAGUUUUCGAGUAGUUUGUGUUAAGGCGGUGACAAUGGCAAACACGGUGAGUGAAGUUAGUGCUUGUGCAAUAAUAAUUGUAAUGCGGUCCCUUUUGUUUAAUUGACCGCACUCUUUAUCAUUUUGCUUUUCGAUUUAAUUUUGUCUUUAUACCCCCACAACGUUUUCCCCGAUUGCGCCACCAUCGCCGCCGUCGCCACGUUAUUUGAUGAAGAUUGAACUCUCGCAGAGCGGCGCAACGAUUCGUUGUUAGAGAACGGCGCACGGAAGCGGAUAUCACAGAGCUAACUCUGCAGUGAGUAGGUGGUGGGGGGUGGGCAUCACCCGAUUUCCAUGCGAGAGUAGUGUUCGACACAUGACGGUUUAAACCAAUAUUUAUUUAAAUUCUUAGAGCUGGAAUUUAGCCAAAUUAAGUACAGAAACAAACUUAAUGAGGUUUUUAUUUUGGUGAUUGGGCUGAGGCCCAUCAAUUCGCUACACUUGACCCGGCGACCUGGAUUUUAAACCAUGACCUCAACUCUGCCAGCUCGGUGCCCUUUGACCUCUGAGCCACCUCUUCACUCGGGAAUUUUUUGUUUCGUAAAACUCGGGAAAAAAAAUAUCUGGCGGGAUGAUGCUGUGAUCGGAGUGCCCGGCUCGCAAGCACAACCUUCCCGUUGGGAGUCGGCCAACUCGUACCGCUGUGUGGAAGUCGACAACGGCGAUUGACCGAUGGAGGGUCUGACUCCUUCUGCGGAGAUUGUGGAUUCCCACCACCGCUAGCCUGAGGAGAAAUUCGCACAAUACUUUAACUGGUUGAGAAGGGAAACACCUUGGCGUUUCUUCGUGAGAGGAGAACGGGCCAGUUCUCGUGUUAAAACUCGGGCGAACAUAUUGACGCAUGCGUCCUGGUGAGUUAAUCCGUUCGUUCAACUUCAAUAGUCUUGGCAACGAGAGCAGAAUUGCCAAGUUUGAUUUUUUUUCUCAAUCGAAGUUGUGGAUGGUAAGGAGUGUAUUCAGCAUAAAUUGGUGCUCGCUUACCGCACUUGCCCCAACAGUCUGUGAAGGCUAUACAGGGGAUCUUUGUUGUUUUUCAUUACGAUUCAUAACCUAGUCUUAAUUGCUUUUUUGUUUGCCGUCGAGUUUUUCUUCAUCUCCCAAUCAUAAUUAAAUUGUGCCAUUUGACCUCGUGUUACGGGACAAAUUUCCAUUCGGAACAGCAGCACAUCAACCUUGCGUUGGAGAACGACCCAGAAGGUGUCACCCAAAACUCCUGAACUAAAUAAUUUCUGGGGGGGGGGGGGGCGGGGGGGUUUGGGUUAGAUCGCGUAAAUAUAAAUGUGUCGUUAAACCCGCCACCAACCUGGCACAGCCAAUUAUUAAGGUUUGUCAAGUAAACUAAACAUUUUAAUUUAAGUUACCAAUUGCUCAAAAGCCUACGCGUUAUCGCCAUUUCCAUUCGGUUGGCUCCUUGUACGCAACGAGGCGGUGGCACAUUGCAUGCGACGAGCGUUUGUCGAUGCGGCAGUCCACAACGUACCAGUCUCAAAAAUGGAAAAAAAUCUCAAUCAAUUAAGAAAACUAUUUUUAUAUUGCUUUCUUAAGCAAUUCACGAUACAAUCGCAAGCGGCUGAAACUCGGGAUUCCUCAGCAGUGCCGGUCUGUUGUUUCUGGAAAAUGAAAUGCAUUCAAAUAUAAAAUGCAUUUAAAAUUAAAUAUAAAUCAAGACUUACGUGGAAUCGUACAAUCCUGAGAAAUACAAUAAUGGUCCACCAUUGCAUGAUUUCAGGACAAUUUCGCGGUAUUUAUUUCGAUAUGUGGAUCCGUUACCAUUAUUUAAUCAUUUGAAGUGUCUUUGUGCUCACAGACGUGAUGUCACCCGAGGCAAAGUGACAUCACCUUUGGCAAGAAAAGCACAGAAGUGAUGUAAUGUGACAGAAUACUUUGGAAUAUAUCCAAAACUAUUUUUUUCUCCAAUCCAAAAAAUCGUAUCGAUGGCUCUUUGUGAUUUUUUUUUUGUUCAUCACAAAUGUUGGACCGUACUUAGAUGAUGAUACGCAACGGCCUUUUGGGGCGGAGGGGUGUGGGGGAUAUUGCCCCCCCCACCUUUCCCAGGGUGCACCUCUGACACCAUCCCCAGUUCCCCAAACCACUUCUGCCACUACCCUUCCCGCAUUUUGAAUAGCAAUUCAUUGCCCGGUUUAAGAUUCUUUAAUAUUUCACUCCAGGCAUGUCACAAAGUUCUCCAACAACAACAACAAAAGUCAAGUCUCCUAGAUGCGCUAGCUGACAUUUUGUUCUCGGGUUGCGUUGAAAAAAGUGAAACAAAACCCAAUUUGGAUCCUGCUACGUUUGGCCCCCCCACGGAAGUUUUUGCCCAUUUAUCUCGCAUCUUCUAAGAAAGGUCCUCACUACGGACAGGAAACGUGACCUGCAUUUACUCUGCGGGGAAUAGUGGGUGCCAUGCCGUUGGCUGGCGCGCUACCACGACGAAACCGGCGGCGGCCCGAGAUUGAGUGCUGGUCGCAGCAAACGGUUCUGCCUCCCGCCCCAUCUUCACCAACCCACACUGGUCGAUGUGAUGAAGUGUGGUCAAAACGGCCCCUAUGACUGACACAGCGUGGGGGGGGGGGGGCGGCCUUGAUCCAGCAGUAGAUUGACAUGAGGGCAGAAAGUUUUAAUAGCAUUCUGCAGUACUGUCGAGGCUGUGUGUGAGGAUUAUAUCAUUACAUUAUAUCGCACUAUAGGCUCUGGUCAGUGUCAUAUAUCGUGUCACGUGAUAUCAGGUAAAUAUCAAUAAAGAGCUAC